CUGUGAGAGAAUAUUAAAAAUAAUUUAUUUCACUAUAUUCUCUAUAUUUUCGUUACUAUAAAGAAUACUUCAUUACUUGCUCAGCAUAUAAAUAUUUAUUCCUUUUAUUUCAUUUUAUUCGUUUCACAUCUUUAAUCAUCGUUACUCAACUCAAAAGAAUCGAGCAAUAACUACAAAUCUAUGUGUAAUUGCAGUAUUCGGAUACACGUGUGCAUUCGGUUUCAUAGUGAUGAUAUAUAUACCAAGUAUCCUCGACAUCGUGAUGCCGUUAAAUGUAACGCGCGUGCGAACAUUUCCCAUAGAUGUCGAAUAUUUCAUCGACCAAAACGAAUACUACUACGCUAUAUCUUGUCAUAUUAUUAUAUCGCUAAUCUUUAAUUACACUACAACAUUAGGCACAGAAUCGCUGUACUUAAUGUACGUUUGCCACGUUUGCGGAAUGUUUAAAAUUACCUGCUAUCGGUUGCGGCAUGCCUUCGAUCAGUACGCUCUACGAGCUUCUUCCACCGUCGCGAAACGCACAGCAAUUCAUAUGAGAAUAAUCGAAGCGAUACAGAUUCACAAGAGAGCUCUCGAGUUAGUAUAACGUGCAAUUUAAUUACCGAUGAUCUGUGCAUGUUUCCCAUGACAUGGCUAAAGCUAGAAACACACAAUGCACGAUUUCAUGCCUUUUGACAUGCAUGCUAAGUUAGCAUGUUCGACCGACAGCUCAGUUAGUUCACUGCAUACAUCUUCCAAUGUACGAUAGCAAUGCAUACAGUGAACUGUCGAUCAACAUACAUAUAAGAAGACAGGAAAUCCUUCUAAUUGUUAUAUAUUAAUAAUUGUUACGAUAUAUAUGGUCAUGUGACACUUUCAAUCAAGAUCUAAUCGGUUUUAUGAAUUUCGUUUAAGGUUCUACGAUUUCUUGUGGUCUAAACUGGCAGUGUCCUACUUUGUCCUGAUAAUAAUUGGUAUAGCAUCGUUAAGUAUUAAUUUGUUUCGCGUGAGUAACAAAUAAUU